UUGGAGAGGGUCAGCCCCCAGUUUGUCUUCGUACUAGGUACCAUGCAAACCCAACCAGAAGGAUAGAAACCAUCCUGGACCAGUCAGGUCAUCCCCAUUCAUAACAAACUCCAGAAACUUCACCAAAAGGGGUUGGGAUUGCUUUUUUCUGCACAACAAAGCCUAACAAUAGGUGAGGAAAACCCCACCAGACAAUCACAAUGUUAUCACAUUCUGCCAUGGUCAAAGAGAGGAAACAACAAGCAUCAGCCAUUAUGAAGGAAAUCUACGGAAAUGAGUCAGAUGACCUAGACCUUGGAAAGAAAAUCAGCAUCCCCAGAGACAUCAUGGUGGAGGAACUAUCAAUACCCAGCAACAGAGGUGCAAGGCUAUUUAAGAUGCGUCAAAGGAGAUCUGACAAGUACACCUAUGAAAACUAUCAUUAUUUAGCAAAUAAGCAAAGGAAUCAUAGUGAACCUAUGCAGAAUGUUAAAAUGGAAACUAGCAGUGCCGAAGCUGGCCAACAGCAUGCACCAAUGACACCUCCUAAUACACCUGACCCACGGAGCCCACCAAAUCCUGAAAACAUUGCACCAGGAUAUUCUGGACCACUAAAGGAAAUUCCUCCUGAGAGGUUCAACACUACUUCUGUGCCAAAAUAUUAUCAGUCCCCCUGGAUAGAAGCCAUCAGCAAUGACCCAGAGCUGUUGGAGGCUUUAUACCCUAGACUGUUUAAGCCUGAAGCAAAGUCAGAGCUGCCUGACUACAGGAGCUUUAACAGAGUUGCCACUCCAUUUGGUGGUUUUGAGAGAGCAUCAAAGCUGGUUAAAUUCAAGAUACCAGAUUUUAAUCUACUGCUGCUAAAUGAUCCCAGGUUCAUGAUCCUCGCUAACCCUCUUUCUACUAGGAGGUCCUUCAACAGGACUCCUAAGGGAUGGACGUCUGAGAAUAUUCCCAUAGUGUUCAUCCAGCCUUCGGAUUCCAACACUGUUCCAGAAACGGAUGACCUGUGAAAAGGAAGCUGUUGUUUUAUAUUUGAUACAAAAUGCUGAAAGCUGACCAUAAAAAUCAGCAUGUAAUUAUUUUGACUUUUAAUAGAUGCUCCUUGCAACAACCUCCCUUGGUAAUUGGAGUCUAACUAACAACUUCUGUUACAGUAUCCCUUUUCAUGAGUUUAAAUUAAUCUACAGACCUAAUAUAAAUAAAAUAAUUUGGCAACUAUUCACUGACACGUUUUUGACUUUUGUCUGUCUAUACAUUUUACUUGUUUCACUUUUAUUCUUUAAUGAAAACUUAAUGUUGUUUCAAACCUUUGCAUUGCCACAUUAAGAGCAGUUGUAAUGAGGAAAAAAUGACUCUGACAUCAUGGCAUUCCAUUUCUAUUCUGGUCCUAGCAGAUCCUCUCGAUACCAUGUCAGAUUUGUUCAAUAUACUGUCAGUACUGCCUGCUUAUCCUGGGAUUUGGAAAUGAAGCUUGAGUUCCAAUCUUGUUCCCUAUGAGGUUAAAGCUCUUCAGUGAGAGCAGACUUAUCACUUAUGUUUUUGCUGACUCUUGUAUCACCACUAAUAGUAAGUUUAGCUAGACGUUUGUAGAAAGUAUACAGUAGAUAUAGUUAUAAGAAAGAGAGACUAUAGAAUGGUAUGGUGAGAUACAAAGGUUAUACCUACAUGAGUUUGAGGUGGCUCUGUUAUUCACAACUGCAAAGACCUGAAUGACUGAAGUAUUUAUGCCAAAGAAGUACUAAUAAAAUGAGAUAGGUCAUUAUAUCAAAUGAGUACCCUGCUUGAGAAAUGCUUCCCUAGCCCUUCAAUAGCCAUAACGUAUAUAUGCAUAAGUGGUUUUUCUUUUCUGUCCAGGUUGCAGACUAGAAUUGGGGCUUACUACAGUGUGUAAGAAUUUUCUUGCAUGUUGUACAGUAGUAAGCCCCGAUGUAUUAGGAAAGUGAAGGAUUAGGCUGAACAGAAGCUGAUAUGAUCCAGAUACACACAUGAAGCAGAUAAACUAAAUAAGGUGCCAUUUUUACAGUGUCUUUUUCAGAUUACAACCACAUUUUUAAUGAGACAAAACAUCAAUGUAGUAACUGAUAUAAAGUUUUACAAGAUCCACAACUACAUGCAACCCCAAACUUUAGAUCACAAUUAAACCCCACCCUACAGCUAUGGCUAAAAUAGAGAGUUUACAGCAGCACAGCUGCUCCUAUGCUGCUACUCUGCUGUAAGCUCUCCAGUGUAGCCACUCUAAGCCAACAGGAGAGAGCUCUCCCAUCAGCUUAAUUACCCUAGUCCCCGCGAGCAGAGAAGCUCUUCCGCCAACAUAGCAGUGUCUACACCAGCGCUUAAGUCAGUUACGUCUCUCAAGGGGGUGGCCAAUAUACACCCCUGAGCAACAUACGUUUUGUUGACUUAAGCUGUAGUGUAGCCAUAGCCUAUAUGAUGUAGCAAUGGCUAGACAAAUGAAAUGCAUCAAGACACUACUUUUUCAAAGGCAUUUCUCUAACUGAUGGUAUUGAUCCAUAAUGGGUUCAGCUACAAAAGUGAGUGAUUCAGCAAGGAUCAGAUGUGACUGAGGUAAAAAGUCAUAGAAUAAGAAGUAAAAUGGGAAGAUCGGAAGGCUUAAGAGAGUUAAAGAGUAACCAUAGGUGAAUAGUUUCAACACUGGAAAGAGGUCAUGGAGGUAUAUUUCCAAAUGAGUUGAAGCCUACCCUCUACUUUUGUGGUUGUAAUUUGUACCUGCAAAAAUUGCACAGGCAUUUGAAUUGUAGUUCAAGUCAGGUAGCUAGGGAUACAAAUUCUCUGAUUUCUCACCUGCAAUUGAUUUUGGGGCCCAAGGUUGAAUAUAAAUUGUACAGGUGUCAAUUGCACCUACGAAACAGAGGUUAGGCCUUAGCUCAUUUAAAAUUUAACCCCAUCCAGCCCAGGAGUCAGUUUUAGGAUAUUUAUUGUUGUUAACAUAUAAAAUGAUAUGGGUAAUGAUACUAAAUGUGAGUUCCCCAAUUCUACAGGUGUCACAAAGAGAUUAGAGGUAAAGUAAAUAACGAGGAGCAUUACAGCCAGAUUCAAAGGGAUCAGAAUAGUUUAAUGAUUGAGCCAGCAGAUGACAAACACAUUUCAAUGCAUCAAAUUGCAAAAAACUAUUCUGUGAGCAUAGAUCAAGUCAGGGAAAUAUGAGAUAAAUAAAAGAAUAAUUCAGCAUUUUAAUCAAGAAAAGGAUUUGCAGAUUAGCAGAUUAGCCUACACUACAAGUUUAUGUUGGUAUAACUAUUCACACCCCUGAGUGAUGUAUACUGACCUAACUCCCAGUGGCUUCUCCUGUUGACAUAGCUACCACCUCCCACAGAGUUGGAGUACCUACGCUGAUGGAAGAAGCUCUCCCAUUGGCAUAGGUAGAGUCUUCACUAAGCACUACAGCACCGCAGCAGCCCCCUCCCAUUCCAAAUCAUAUUAUGCUAGGUCUCAAAUGUGCAAAAUGAUCCGCUUGAUCCACCUUUACUGUGCAGAGUUCCACUAAAGUACACAAAACUCUGUACCUGUGUAAAGGUCCACUCAGGGAGCUUCAAUUUGCAGGACUGGAAAUUUAGGGCCUUUCCAUUGACUUCAAUGGGUUUUGGAUUGGGCAUUUACUUUGUGAGGCACUUGCAAGAUGCCAUUGGGAUGUUCCAUGCAGUUACAAUACCACUGGAAAUAUAUUAUUGUCUUUGGAUAUGUAGAGAAGGGCAAUGCUGAAUAGUCUAAUCCAUGAUUCAAGAGUAAGGAUUUGAGUUUAUCCUUGCAGAUAAAGAGAUGGCCUUGAGGUGACAGAAUAAAAGUUUCCAGGGACUGGCAAAGUCAAGAGAAACUUUUUUUUUAACAUUGCUUCUUCUAAAACUAAGGAAUAUGACUGAGAAAAUGGAUUAAAUGGGAAACUGAGGUACAGCUAUUUUAUGCAUAGGUAAACAACCUUAAGGAAUAAUUUACCAGCAAAGGUGACUGAAGCAGAGUACAAAUGAGUCCAUGAGACACUUAUAUUUGUUUCCAGUAAAAGAGAGGAUAGUAGGGUCUGAUAAAAAUGCAGGAAGGUAGAGGAAGUAAGGGCACAUUUUGAAAAGGCCAGAAGUCCUUUAUAUGUAUAUUGAGCUAGAAGGUCGUUUCUUGUCCCUAAAAUUUUCUGUGCUUUGUUCUCAUUUACGAAGGGCACCUUUACACUGCUCCAGUAAAGAUUUCCAUUGCCAGAGUGUUUAAAGGAGCCUUAGUAUAAAUGAGAAUCAGGUCCUCCAUUUUUCAAAUUAUGCAAUAUAUUUUGUGUGAUAUUCUUCUCCUACUAGAGUAAGGAGAAUCAAGUGGAGGGGGAGUACGUGGAUGAAAAACUCCAUAGAGUAAAAGUCCUCAAAGAUAAAUGCAAUGUACUCCUAUUUAUUCAGAACAAAUGUCAAGAAAAAAAUCAGGGUUCAUGGCCUCCAAUGGCUAUAUAAGGCUGAGGAUAUGCAGGUUAUCAGCUGUAACUAUGAUGUUGUUUGUACAAAGGUGGAGUUGGAGAUGGCAGCAGCUAUGUGUUGGAAAGAAAGCUAGCCUUAAAUCCAUGUGGUCUUCCUCCCUUUUUCAACAAGAUCUUUAGCUAAUUUGUUCUUCUACUUGCUGCAUAAAGAGUAUCUUUGAUAGCUGGUUCCAGGAAAUGAGAAUGUGCCUCCCAUAUUACAGUCUUAUGUUACCAAGUAUCUGCCUUUAGAAAGAAAUGUUAGACUGAAGAAGUUCUCAUGUUUAUCCUGUACUUUGAUGUAAAGUUCCCUAAUUACAUAUAUACUUCUCAGAGGUCCUGAUUGUGUCAAUCUGUCUGAUUGUUCUUCUUCUUCAUAAUCCAAAUAUCUCACUCUUUUGGAAAUAAAUCCAGAUUAUAUUAACCCCAAUAAUGUGUGCUUUAAUUC